AUGGACCUCCGAAACACUGGCCGGAUUGUUGAGCAGUGCUCUGGCGACGAGGACCCCGUGAUCGAGGAGGCCAAGGCAGAUGGUGAGAACUGUGUUGCCUAUGUCCGUAUGAACAGGCAGAUCUCCUGCGCGGACUUCUGCGAGGAGAGGGACUCCACAUGCGUGAUGGCCAUUGACCAGCCAAAUGGACAGCGGUGCGUAUCCACCGUGGGCAGCCUGGGCGAGAUUGACACCAACACAGUGAACUGUCAAACCAAGCAGUUCAGAGAUCUUCAGUGCGUCUGCUCGAAACCGGGUAACCCGGCUCCAGGACCGACACCCGAAGAGGCCUGCGCCAACCUACCCGACGGCUUCUCUCUGAAGAAUGCUGCAAACCUCUGCCGCAAAGUCGUGGACUUCCUGGCCGGCGUGGCUUACCCGGGCACUGCUACUUCUGGCGAUGCUAAGGCCAAGGAGGACAUCUUGCGCGCCUGCAUCCUGGAUGUGUGCUCCGCCGAGCCCGAGGACCGCGGCGAGAUUGCGGACAACGUGAACGACCAGAAUCCCAACGAGCCCCCAGUCGAGCCCACAACCACCACCACAACUACCACCACAACUACCACCACGACGACUACCACCACGACCACGACCACGACCACAACCACCACAACCACCACGACCACCACGACCACCACGACCCCGGCACUGGUUGGAGACGAGCUCUACGUGUUUGGCUUCGGCCCUUACCCUGGCUCCUCAUCUCCCUACCAGCCACAGGGAGUGGUGGAAGUGGAGUCCCUCCCAGAUGGCACCACUCGCCUUGCCUACAGCCUUACCGGCCUCGACCCCGCUUGCGACGGCCCGUGCACCGGUACCAACUGCUGUGGCAUUCACAUCCACGAAGGCAGGGCUGUGCUCUUCCCAGACCUCCCAAAGCUCAUCACAAUAGGCAGCAUCCCGCAAGAUCCUUGGCUAUCAGUGAGAUACGACUCCACCACGGACCCAGCAAACGUCCUUUCCGAGAUUGUGGAGGCGGGCCUUUCCAACGAGGAGGUCUUGGGACGUGCAGUAGUGAUCCACGAUGUGACCGGUGCGCGCAUCGCAUGUGGCAUCAUUGAGCCCUCCACCACCACGGUCUUCGAGGAAUUCCCUGGCUACAACGGGGAUUUGCCUGUGACAUCUGGUGGGGUGCAGGUGCUGUCCGACGAUGGCGACGGCACCCAGACGCUCAGCUGGAUCUUCACUCAGGGCGUAGACCCGCGGUGCACCUCAGCCGGUCCGGCGGCCAACAGCUGCAGUGUCCAAAUCUUUGAUGGCACGAGCCCCGAUGCACCCGGCAACCCUUACUGGAACCAGGGCGACAUCCCCCAGAACCCUUGGCCGCAGGUGCGUUAUGUGAUCCAAGGUUCCCUCCCAACGGCAGUGAAUGACGUCGAGGUGACGACCGGCCUUACCUCCGCGGACCUCGAUGGUCGUGUUGUGGUGGUCUACGACUACGACGGCGUCCCGGUUGGCAUCGCCAUCAUCGAGCUGCCAGAAGAC